UUUUUUUUCAGUAGGUUCCUCAACCAUAGGGAUGCUCGACUGGACAAAUCAAAGCCAUUGGAUGUUUGGUGAUGGCGUAGGAUUCUCAGUUGAAUACACGUGCUACCAUAUCUUUCCUCUCUCUCCUUUACCUCUUCUUUAUCUUUGCCUCCAUGCAUGGAUUUCUCCUCCAAAUAUAAUCAAGUUUUAAUAAAGAAAGAGAGAGAAAGAAACGCUCACUCCUUUUUUUUCUUCUCAUUUGGUUUUGUUCAUCGCCAUCAUUAGCAACAAAGGUAACAACAACAACAACAACAAAGUCCCCCGCCUCUUCCAAGUUUUGAUCUUUUGUUCAUAUUUCAACUACCCCAAGAAGCCUUAUUAAGAGAGAAAAAAAAAGCAGGUAGUAUAGUUAAUUCAGUUAGGCUCUUUGGUUCACUUUGUUUUGAGCUACCAGAUCUUGUUCUUUCCCCAGAAUUCUAUGAAAUCUGAGAUAUUUUCUUGUCUAGUCAGUAAAAUCCGUCAUUUUAAACAAGUGUGCUAUCAAAUUUCAGUUAUUACCUCAAUUUUCUGAUCUGGGGUCUCACUAUUUUUGUCUUUUGAGUUCUCUGUUUCAUUACCGAUUGGCAUUUCUUUUUUAAAGUGUAAUGGGAUCAAGAAUUGAAGCAUUUUUUCCAAUUGUUUGACCAGAUUUAAAGUUUCAAAAACAUUUUUCUUCUGAUCUGUGUUUUCUUUCUGGAAUUUUGAAUUAUCUUUUCCAUGGAAGAAGUUCAAGAAUUCAAGCAUGUAUGCAAGUUUUGUAGCAAGAGCUUCCCCUGUGGUAGAUCCUUGGGUGGUCAUAUGAGGUCUCACAUGACUAACAACAAUAAUUCAGCUGAAACAGAUGACAAGCUCAGCAAGAAAAAGCUUGUUUCUGUCAAUAAUGUUGGCAAUGAUGCCAACACUGAAACUGGCAUGGAAGCUGGGAUUAAUGGUGGUUAUAUCCUCAGAGAGAACCCCAAGAAGACAUGGAGACUAGCAGAUUCAAGUGAAGCCAAUUCAGUUCAUGACAAGGUUUGCAAAGAGUGUGGCAAACGUUUCCAAUCUUGGAAAGCAUUGUUUGGUCACAUGAAGUGUCAUUCAGAGAAAGAAAGAGCUUCCAAUAACAGCUUGGAGGAGCAAGAUUCUUGGACUAGUGGUAACCAAAAGCUGGUCAUGGAUAGCCAAUCUGAUAAUGAAACUGCAGCUCCAAGCAAACGGAGGAGAUCCGAAAGAAGAACAAGGUACAUGGGCACUGCAAAUUCUUCUACCUUCUCUUUAACUAACCAUGUUUCCUCUUCCAUGUCUGAGAUUGAGCAAGAACAAGAAGAGGUUGCUCUAAGCUUGGUGAUGCUUUCUAGAGAUGUGGGUCAUUGGGCUGGCUUGAAUUCUGUUGCGGAAUCUUCUGGCAAUAACUCUGUGUUUUUGGAAGCUAAAAUCGAGAUUAAAGCUUCCAUCCGUAAUGGCAAGGAGACUAGAAAGUUGAAAAAACAGAAAGAGAAGAAGUUGGAAUCUGCUACAGUGGAUUCUGAGACUUUCCAAACUGGAGCUGGACAACCAGAAUUUUGUGCUUCUGGGCUCUCAAAAACUGGGGUUAUUAGAGUAAAUUUAGUGAAACAAACAGGAGUGGAUCGAGCUCAACUGGGUUCCAAUAAGUUGAAUUCUAGCAAGAGGAAGUUACAAGAGUCUUAUGAUCCUGAACUGAAAUCAGGUUCUGUGAACAAAUUGACAAAUGAUGUUCUUGACACUGAAUUCUGUAAGGAUCCUCGUAAGAGAAGCAAGUUUGAAUGCACUACUUGUAACAAGGUCUUUCACUCUUACCAAGCUCUAGGAGGUCAUAGAGCUAGCCAUAAGAAAAUCAAUGGCUGCUUUGCUUCAAGAAUUGACAGCAGUGAAAAUAGCAUUGAAACUGAAAACUCUCCCAACCCAACAGUCAAAUCAAUUGGCAAUGAAACUCCCAUUGCUCACUUAGCGACAGACACUGAUGAUAAGGCUGAGAUGAGCUAUGGGGUUAAGAAGAGCAAAGGGCAUGAGUGCCCUAUUUGUCUCAAGGUUUUCCCAUCAGGCCAAGCCUUAGGUGGUCACAAGAGAUCUCAUUUAGUUGCUGAGGCAAAAGAAAACCAAACAAUUGUAAUUCAAAAACCAAUUCCAGAAAUUCGUGACUUUCUUGAUCUUAAUCUGCCUGCUCCUGUUGAAGAAGAAACCAGUGUUCAUGUGGGGUUCAAGCCAUGGUGGGUUGGAAGCAGCCACAAGCACGAAGCAUUAGUAGGGUUGAUUUCUAACUGAGUUUCCAGAUCGUUUCAUCGCCAUGGUUUGCCAAUAAAGAUCAAGAGUGUACGCUGUAAAGUACGAAAAAACAAAGCUUCUGCAUAUUAUUUCAUUCAUUCUUUACAGAUUCAAGAAUUCACCGAAGGUACAGCUCAGGCAUUCCUCAAUCUUACAAGUUUUCAAUUAACUUCUGUUUGUUCUUACAUUCUCUAUUCAUUCUCAAUUUGCUUUCUUGGCCUGUUGGCCAUAGAAUAAGUAUUUUAUAGCUGCAAAAUUUCUUGCUCAUUUAUCUGUUAUGACUAGAAACUUGGAUACUGUAAUUGAAUAUUUCAAGCUUUACUUUUCAA